CCACCCAGGCCACGCCCCUGGGCGUUUCCCGCCCCCCUCCGUGGCCCCGCCCCUUUCCCCGUUCCGGUUCCGAACUCGCUCCGGGCCGGCGCCGCUCCCGCAGCCGCUCCCGGUGCUCCCAGUGCCGCUCCCAGUGCUCCCAGUAACCCCGGUGCCCUCCCAGUGCUCCCAGUGCCGCCCCGGUGCCCUCCCAGUAACCCCGGGUGCCCUCCCAGUAACCCCGGUGCCCUCCCAGUAACUCCCAGCGCUCUCCCAGUAACUCCCGGUUCCCCCCAGUAGCUCCCAGUACCCCUCCAUUGCUCUCCCAGUAACUCCCAGUUGCUGCCAGAUCUCUCCCAGUAGCUCCCAGUGCUUCCCAGUGCCCCCCCCAGCUCUUUCCCAGUGCUUCCCAGUAACUUCCAGUAGCUCCCAGUUCCCCCCCAGCUCUUUCCCAGUGCCCCCCAGUCCCUCCCUGUUCCCCCCAGUCCAUCCCAGUCGCUCCCAGUUCCUUCCCAGUCCAUCCCAGUCGCUCCCAGUCGCUCCCAGUGCUCCCAGUUUGCGCCAUGUUCCUGGUCAAGGGGCUGCUGGGGGGCGGCGGCGGUGGGGGAGGGGCGGGGGGGGCGCUCCCGGGGGGCAUCGGCUCCGUCCUGGGGGGGCUCCUGAGCGGGGGAGGGGGCGGCGGCGCCGGGGGGGCCAUGGGGGUCCUGGGGGGCGUCAUCAGCGCCAUCAGCGAAGCCGCCGCCCACUACAACCCUGAGCCCCCCCCCCCCCGUGCCCACAUCUCCACGGUCGAUGCCAACGAGAGCGAGGAGGUUCGGCAGUUCCGGCGCCUCUUCACGCAGCUGGCCGGGGAGGACAUGGAGGUGAGCCCCACCGAGCUCAUGAACAUCCUCAACAGGGUCGUCACCCGCCAUCCCGACCUGAAGACGGACGGAUUCGGGCUGGACACGUGCCGGAGCAUGGUGGCCGUCAUGGACAGCGACACCACCGGGAAAUUGGGGUUUGAGGAGUUCAAGUACCUCUGGAACAACAUCAAGAAGUGGCAGUGCGUGUACAAACAAUUCGACACCGAUCGCUCGGGGACCAUCGGGCCACAGGAGCUGCCCGGCGCCUUCGAGGCCGCAGGGUUCCGGCUGCCCCCCCCGCUCUGGGCGGUUUUGGGGCGUCGUUACGGGGACGAGGGGGGGAACCUCGACUUCGACAACUUCAUCAGCUGCCUCGUGCGCCUCGACGCCAUGUUCCGUGAGGGCACCCCCAAAACACGGGCGGGACCCCGAAAUUUGGGGGGAAAUCCAAAAAUCUGGGGGGGAAAUCCUAAAAUCUGGGUCCCGGUGGCGGUGGGGGUGUCCCGGACCCGGUUCCGGUAUGGGGGUCCCAGUCCCGGUGUCCCAGUCCCAGUCCUGGUGGGGGUGUCCCCAUUCCGGUAUGAGGGUCCCGGUGGCGAUGGGGGAGUCCCGGUCUCGGUUCCGUGCCCCCCGGUGCCGGGGGACGGGUACCGGCCCGAGGGGAGGAUCCCGGUCCUGGCGGGUGUCCCGGUCCCGGUGGGACUGUCCCGGUCCUGGUUCCGGUGCCCCCCGGUGCCGGGGGACGGGUACCGGGCCCGAGGGGGGAUCCGGUCCUGGCGGGUGUCCCGGUCCCGGUGGGACUGUCCCGGUCCUGGUUCCGGUGCCCCCGUUCCUCCUCCCCCCCCGUUCCCCCCGGUGCCGGGGGGCGGGUACCGGGCCCGAGGGGGGGAUCCCGGUCCUGGUGCCCCCGUUCCUCCCCCCCCGUUCCCCCCGGUGCCGGGGGGCGGGUACCGGGCCCGGGGGGAGGUGCCCGCGCGCGCCCGGCCCCGGUGCCCGGCUGGCGGCGGAGCCUCCCCGGUGCGGGCCGGGCCGGGCCGGGCGAUGGCGGCGCCCCCGGGGCGGCGGGAGCGGCUGCGGGCGCUGGCGCUGGGCCGGGGGGCGCUGGGGCUCGAGACCCUCCUGGACCUGCUGCUGGGGCUGGCGGGGGGGCUGCGGCACCGCCUCGCCCACCGGCACCGGCACCGGGACCCGGACCCGGAGCGGGACACCGCGGACACCAACGGCGGCGGCGGCGGCGGCGACAACGACAGCGACAGCGACAGCGACAGACACGUCCGGGACUUUCUGAGCUGGGCCGAGCCGGCGGCCGCGCAGGUCCAGGAGCUGCAGCUGCAGCGCGGAGACUUCGAGAUCGUCAAAGUGAUCGGGAGGGGCGCGUUCAGCGAGGUGGCCGUGGUGAGGAUGAAGGAGACCGGGCAGAUCUACGCCAUGAAGAUCAUGAGCAAGUGGGACAUGCUGCGCCGCGGAGAGGUGUCCUGUUUCCGCGAGGAGCGGGACGUGCUGGCCCGCGGUGACCGGCGCUGGAUCACGCGGCUGCACUUCGCCUUCCAGGACCCGCAGUGCCUGUACCUGGUGAUGGAGUACUACAUCGGCGGGGACCUCCUGACGCUGCUCAGCAAGUUUGGGGACCGGCUGCCGCUGACCAUGGCGCGCUUCUACCUGGCCGAGCUGGUGAUGGCCAUCGACUCCGUGCACCGGCUGGGCUACGUGCACCG